CGCUGCAGGAAUCUCACCACCACCUCCGCUGCUGUCCCCAUGCCGCCUCCACAUACGUUGUCCGCUUCAAAUGCGUCGGUAUAUACGCUUGACACUGUUUACCAGAGCGACUAUGAGGACGAUGACCUCACUCCUUUGCGUAGCGCCGGAGCUCCAUCAUACGGUGCUCUGCCUCGUUCUUCCUCCCGGACAUCGUCGCGUAGAGUGAUCUUUAAUGCAACACUGAAGAUGGCCGCCAUUUUUGUUGUCAGUACAAUAUUUCUGGGUGGUACCCUGUGGCUUGCACUACCUACCCUUGAAGAUGUGGAUCGAGAUUCUCUCCGAAUUCCCAAGUCCUUUGCUCAGCUACAAGCGCUCAAUACUCUCCUUAAGAAAUACCGCGACAUCUAUCCGUACCGCAUAUUUGUUUGUUAUGUAACAACAUACCUCUUUCUACAGGCAUUUUCAUUGCCAGGUUCCAUGUACCUUUCCAUCCUUGGCGGUGCCGUUUGGGGAGUUCCCUUUGCACUACCUCUUGCCUGCGUCUGUGUUGCGUCAGGCGCCACUCUAUGCUACCUCAUUUCAGCUGCGCUCGGUCCUGCACUCCUCACUAUACCAAAGUUUCGCGCUCUCUUGACAAAAUGGUCGGUCACAAUAGCCGCGAACAAAGCUAAUAUCAUUUCCUACCUGAUCGUCCUUCGCAUUGCCCCGCUGCCACCUCACUGGGUUGUUAACGUUGUGUGUCCGCAUGUGGGAAUCGGACUCGCUCCGUUUUGGAUUAGCACCGCCCUCGGUAUUCUAGGCGUUACCGUCAUACACACAACCAUCGGCGGUGGUUUGGAUGAAAUGACCAGUGCCGAUGACUUCCAUUUAAUCAGCUGGAAGAACUUUUUAGGUCUUUCCGCAGUGGUUGUUGGAGUGAUGAUCCCUGUGGGUCUUCGCUACUGGUUUAGGCAGGAAGCGGAUGCCAUUGCUGAGGAAACGCAGUCGCAGGCUACGGAAGAUGAGGAUGAGGAUAGAAUUCUGGCAGUCGGUCCCAACGCCCCCAGUAAAGCCAAAGACGUAUCUGCACGCUUGUUGGUACACGAUGACGAGUACGAUGAGUACGACGACGACGACGACGACGACAUUAUCCUGGAAGCUGGCCCAGUAAUCUCGAUGCCAAAGGAACGCAAAGACGGCAACUCUGAUGCCCAUACCGGGUCAAGCCUAUAGUUGUUGGCGCUUCGUGUCCCUCUCUCUGUACUCGUAUUAUCUCACACCAUGCAGCCCAUACUACAUAGAAAUCAUCAUCAUCAUUCAUUCUUGUAGGUGCAAGCACCCUAAAGUGCAGCACCUUUAGUAUUCGUCAUUCACUCUUCCACUAGACAUGCAUACGUUGACGAGGCCAGAUCUUUGUUUGUACAUCAUGAGGACCAUAUAGUAACUAGUAAUGGAAACAUACCAC